AUUUGAAUGUCCAUUAGUAAACCAAAAGUGAAAUCAAAAUGAUCCAGUUAACUUGUAAACUUUUAAUUUUUUUGUUUGUGAUACAAGGUGUGUAUUCAUUUUGUGAAAACAAGGAUGCGUUUAAUAAUGUAACUGUGGAUGUGCAUAUAUCGAGAAAUAUAAGCAGUAUCAAGCUUGUUCAACAAGAUCACUAUUCAAUAAUAGAUGUCAAACAAGGUAAUAUUACUGACCUAUGCGAUGGUAUGAUUAACAAUUUUCCUGUACUAGACACGCUACUUUUGAUUAACGUAAAUCUAUCCAGAAUUCAACCAAAUGCUUUUCAAGUAGUGCCCAGAUUAAGAGAAUUAUCUUUGGCGGUAAAUCAUAUAGAAGAUUUAGUGGAUGGUAGCUUCAAUAACCUCGAUGCCCUAGAAACUCUUUACUUAUCUGCGAACAAAAUUAAAUACAUUGAUGGCGAGACUUUCCAAAACAUGAAAAGCUUAAAACACCUUCAUCUAGAUCGAAACUUAAUCAACAAACUUAGUCCAAACUGCCUUAGAGGAAGUUCUCUAUUAAGUAUGUUAGACUUAAGACACAAUUUAAUGGAAGUUGUAGAUGGCAGCACAUUUCCGGUUAUUGAACCAAUCUUUACCGAUCCAGUAACCAUCUUUUUAGGAAACAACUAUAUUAAAGAUGUAGACCCCAGUGUUUUUACUUUCAAGAAUCCCGUAAAUCUUCAUUUAGAACGAAACAACCUAAACACAGUAUCCACGCUUUUCUAUGGUAUGAGGGAAUACAGUGUUCUUUACUUAAACAAGAAUCAAUUUAACUGUUUACCUGACGAUGUGUUGGAAAAUUUAAAGAAGACAACAAAAACUAUAUACCUUUUAGAUAAUCCCAUAUCAUGUGAUUGUCUGAAGACUAUAGAGAAAUCGUUUGCUGAUGAACUAUACGGAGUAGAACAUUUGAUUUAUAAUAGCAGUUUUCCAUGUGAUAUGCCAGUUUUUCUGGUCCCUUAAGCAGAAGUCUGAAAACUGUUAAAAAAAUAUUUUAAUCUACUAUAUCUUUGUUGCAUCUAUUCUUCUAUUAUUCAAGAUUUAAUUUGUAGUAAAUAUACAUAUUUAAAAGUUGAUACUACUAUCAGCUUAGAUCAUUCUCUGAAGCCUUUCGACUCCUAACUGACAUUGUUCUCUGUUUAACCAUAUAUCUGGAGGGAUCUCUCUUUCCUCUAGUUCUUUUUCAAUCCCCUCCCUCCAGCUUCUUCUGAGCUUUCCUUUUUUCCUUCUCCCUUAUGGUGUCUACGCCAAAAUCUGUUUAGGGAUCUUCUUUUCUGGCAUUCUCUGUACAUGGCCGUACCAUAUUAGUGGAUUUGUUUUUACGUCAUCAAUUAGUGUAUGUGUGACUUCCAUCAUUUCUCGUAUUCUCUCAUUUGGUAUCCGAUCUCUUCUUGAUUUGCCUGCUCUUCUUCAGAAGUCCAUUUCAGUUACUAGUAACAUUUUCUGCGUUCUUUGUUUCAGUGGCCGAACGUAACUGCCAGAUCGUCCUAUUAGAGGUAAAACUCACUAACUACACUUUUCAGAAAGUGGAGAAAAAUCGAUUUAAAGGUACAAAUUGUUUUUUAAAUUCACCUGACUUAAAUAUUGGAUUUGUUUAAUGCUGCUUUAAAGAAUAAAUGAAAACAGAUAUUUGAAGCCAUGUUUCGUCACAGGAAUAUAUCGUAUUUUCAUAUAAUUAAUAUUAGAUCAAUUUUUGUACUUGAUGAAUUUUUCCAUGAACACAAUUACUGGAUAUUGAUAUUUUAUCUGAGGUAAACCUUACUAACUACACUUUAAACUUGAUGAGUUUUUCCAUGAACACAAUUAUUGGAUAUUGAGAAGUUAAUGAAUUUGUCUCCAUAAAGUAUCAUGACGUAAGGAUUCAAAAUGAAAGAAACAGGUAAUGAAUAAAAUGUUAAUAAACAAUUAAAUAACAUACAAAACAGUUGCCUCUAUACAAAAUCACAUGCGAUAGAAACAGAAGUAAUAUUAUUGUUGAAAUAUCAACAUCCAUUUUUCGGCAUUUAUGACAGCCACAAACUUCGCCUGCUUAAUCGCAAAAUAGAUUAUGUUUCCCUUUAUGUAGGCUAUCCUGUUAAAUACAAAGAAAUUUACACUCAUAUUUCUUUGAUCAAUCGCCGAACAGAUAAUGCAUACAAAUAAAAUAUACCUACACUUUCAACAAUACAAUAUUAUAACACAAAAUUCGCCUGCUUAAGCGCAAAAAUCGAAAAUAGAUUAUGUUACUCUUUAUGUAAGCUACCUGCUACAAAGAAAUAAUUUAAACUCAUUUCUUUAAUCAAUCGCCGAAUAGAUAAUGCACACAAAUAAAAAUAAUACACAGUUAUGUUUACUAACGUAUUGUUUGAAAGAUCACUAAGUACCGAUUCAGCAAUCAAGAUUGUAAGGAAAAAUUCACUAAGUACAAUAAUAAGUUUUAAUGAAUUUUACCCUGAAACCGAAAUUCACAAUAAAGCAUUCCAGAUUGUAAGGAAGAAUUCAUUAAUUGCAAUAAUAAGUUUUAAUGAGUUUUACUCUGACCCCGAAAUUCACAAUAAAGCACUUAGUGAAUUAUACCAUAAAUUAUCUUAUAAAUUAGAAGGGUUAGAGCCCCAGGUGACUUCUACAGGGCUGGGCAGUACCGUAUUAAGUUCAAAUUGAUGAAAAUGUCAAAAUCUCAAAAAAGUGCACUUAGUGAGUUUUACCUCUAAUAGAACGAUAUGUGAUUACCCUUUUAAGUAUGGUAUUGUAUAUAAGCUGUUUGUUUGCUUUAGAUAUUUAAAAGUUUAUAACUUGUUUAAAUACUUUUGUCGCAAAAAAAUGUUUAUAAUAAAACUUGUUAAUACA